CCCGGCCCGGCCCGUGCUGCCGUCUCUCUCUGCCGCCCACGUGCAGCGCAAACGUGUUGGUGCCGCUCCCGCCGGGGCCGCACCUGGGUGCCGGGCGGGGGGGGCGAUUCCUGGCGCCUGGGCGGGCGACGGAGUGUCUUUCCCGGCGAAGACAGCAGGGUGGGUUUGAUUUAGCCACUGGUCGGGAAGCCUCGAUUGAAUCAUUGUUUUCUACAAAAAGAGCGCGCUCGAUGACCUCCAUUCAUUUAACUUCUUAAAACUUUGCACUUUUAGAGAGAGUGCUGUUAACAAUGAUGUUAUCUCUGGAGACGCAAAGCUACCGUUUGAGAACUGAAACUAAGCAUCACCACAGAGAUGUUCAGUGGGAUCUUCAGUCUAGACAUUUAAUGGGAGCUUCAUGUUUCUCAGCUUGUGGGUCGUAACCCAAAAGUGUGUCGCAAGGAUAUAUGAAAGGGUCAACAACAGACUUUAAAAAUGGACUCUCCUUUAAAGGAGAAAAAUAUAGGAAGCCAUAGGAAAGCCUUUGCAGCCUGCAAGGGGCUGCUUGGGUCCCUACACAUGCCCUACCCUGCCCCACACAUCCAGCUCCGUCCCACACAAUGGGGGCCUGGGGGCAGCGGGUUGGGACUGGCUAUCAAUGUUUACAAAUGGGUCCUGGUGCAAAAAGGGUUGAGAGCCACUGAUCUAGACCCAGCACUGGGUCCCAUUGGGUAAAGCAAUUUUCUUUAAUCUAUAUUAAUCUAUAGAGGAGUCUCUGGCAACUGCAUAAGAUUGGGCCCCUAAUAUAGUCUGUUGUGACCUAUUUAUACAUUUUUUCUAAAAAGCUUACAUGACUAUAUUGUCUCAAAUAGUAUAUAAUUAGACAUUAUAAUCCCUAUUCCAUGAUGACAUCUUUGAGCUUUAACGCAUCUUAAAUUAAAACUAUUUUUAUAUAGGUUUAUUUUUUUAAAGAGCAUCUUAAUUUUUUUUUUAAGUAAAAAAAAUUAAAUUAAAUCUGAUUUUUAAUUUUUUUUUUUUUUAAAUCAAUGAUUUUUAUCUACCCUGAGAUGCAGCCCAGCCCUGGUCUCAGGGCCACAGAGGCAGCAGCAGCCUGGGGCAGAAGACUGUACCGUGGAGCUGCUGGGCAUGAGGGUGAUGCUGGAGGGGGUUUCUGCACUUGUCCUUGGUCACUGCCAGCCUCAGGGUCUGAUCAUUUGGGAUUAUGAAUGGACUUGAACGCCACUGCUGGACGGGGAAGCAGUAAGGGGCAGAAAGCUCUGGUUGCCCCCACAUCCAGGCUCCAUAGCCACAUACACUCCUUUCCUCCAAGAAUGUGGCCAGUCCCUUUGGGAACCUGGCUUCUGCAACGUCUUCGGAGCAUAAGGCUGGCUCAGACCCCAGGUCCCUCCUGCCUUUGCUCCUGUGCCCCACGGCAACAGGCAGCAGAGGCUGACAGGACUUUUAACACGUAGGGGAUUUUCUGGGCCAGGCCCGCCAAGUAAAUGAUAAGCCCCCUUUAGUACUGGCAGCUUCUACUGAUGUGUUACUGAAUGCUAGGGACAACUAAUAAUGAAAAUAGGGACAGGAGUGGAGGUCAAAGUACUUCAUAACAAGAGUGCUGAGAGGGAAAACUGAGCAGAGAACACCAGAGGCUGACAGAGAGAGAGAACAGGAUCUGACUGGUAGGUAUGUAUUAUAUCAGUCACUGUUAACUGAUAUAACUAGACGGGUUUAAACAGGUAGUCUUUAAAGUGAUAUUUACAUCCCUAAUAUAUAUACAUAUAUAUAUAUAUAUAUAUAUAUAUAUAUAUAUAUAUAUAAUAUCACUACUGCACAGGAGAAUAAAAUGAGCUCAUCAAAGAAGAGGAAGGUGGAUGCUGAAUGCCAAAUAUUCAACAAAGAAUGGACUUCUAAAUAUUUUUUUAUUGAUGUGGGUGGAAAACCUGCAUGCUUAAUUUGCAAAGAAAGCAUGGCGGUGUUCAAAGAAUACAAUUUGAAUCGGCAUUUUGAAAGCAAGCAUGCAUCCAAAUAUAAGAACUUGUCUGCCAAAGAAAAAGCAAAGAAAACUGAGGAGAUGGUUGCUGGAAUGCAGAAAGAGCAAACAAGGUACAGGAUGGAAUCGGCACAAGAUGGAAUUAUGAGAACAAGCUACGAGAUUGCACACACAAUCGUCAAGAACAGCAAACCAUUCUCUGAAGGAGAAUUUAUAAAAGAAUGUCUGGUUGUCUCUGCCACAAUUUUAUGCCCAGAAAAGAACAAGCUGUUUGAGAACAUUUGCUUGUCAAGGCAAACUAUUGAGAGACAUGUCGAGGAUAUCUCUAAGAACCUGGACCUGCAGUUGAAGAGGAAGGUCAACAAUUUCUCAUAUUUUGCAUUGGCACUCCAGGAAAGUUGUGUCAAGGACCCAGCCCAUUUCUUGAUGUUUAUUCGUGGUAUCAGCAAAAAUUUUGAGCUCACAGAAGAACUGGCAUCAGUACAGUCCAUGGAAGGCACAACAACUGGAAAAGAUUUAUUGGAGGCAGUAAAUCAAUGCAUGUCAAAAUUAGAAGUGGAUUGGAAAAAAUUGGUGUGUGUGACUAUCAACACAAAUCCAAACUUGACAGACAAACACACUGGAUUGCUGAAAAGUAUUCAAGACCAAGUCAAAGAAACAAAUCCAGAACAGAACAUUAUUUUUUUGCAUUGCAGUAUUCAUCAAGAGGCCCUCUAUAGAAGUGUUCUAAAACUGAGCACUGUCAUGGACACGGUUACAAAACUGGUCAACUACAUUCGAGUAAAAGGAUUAAACCACAGACAGUUUGUACCUCUGCUUGAGGAAUCUGAAUCUGAGCACACAGAUGUCCUGUAUCAUACCAAUGUAAGAUGGCUUAGCUUGGGUAAAGUUUUGAAAAGUGUAUGGAAACUGAGAACUGAGAUUGGUUUGUUUUUGAACUUAGAAGAAAAAGAUUCAGCUUUCCCACAGCUGAAUGAUGCAGAUUGGCUCUCUGAGUUUGCAUUUGCUGUUGAUAUUGUGGGCCUCAUGAAUGAUCUGAAUUCAAGACUACACAGGAAGGGGCUUUUUGCUCAUGAGUUGCAUUUUAGUGUGAAGUCAUUUAUGAUGAAGUUACUCCUUUUCUCCCAUCAGAUAGGAAACAAGGAGUUCAGCAAUUUUCCUACAUUGCAGCAGGUAACUGUUUGUGAUCAAAACCUGGAAAAGUACAUGUCGUCACUACUCAACUUGCAUGCUGAAUUGUCUCGCCAAUUUGAGGAUUUUCAAAUGAUAGAAAAUGACCUGUCUCUGGUCUCCUCACCUUUUACCUUUGAUGUUGACAAUGCUCCAUCUGAGCUCCAACUUGAGCUCAUUGACCUGCAGUGUGAUGCAUUGCUUGUACAGCAGUUCAAAUUAGUGCCGCUUCCUAGGUUUUAUGCAUCUCUCAAUGAACAGAACUUUCAAAAGAUCAAGGCUAAUGCCCAGAAGAUGCUUGUGGUGUUUGGAUCAAUGUACAUAUGUGAGCAGACAUUUUCUGUGAUGAAAGUCAGUAAAUCAAAUCUCAGGUUUUCAGUGAGCGAUGACCAAUUUGCAGGAGUGGUCCGCAUAGCAACAACAGAGAUGAUGCCUGACUUUGAUUCUUUGGUUAAUUCACAUUCAAGACUUCAUUCUUAGGGGUCUACUGAACUCAAGGAUGUGGCUGGCUGAUUUUGUGGUCAGAUUGCAAGGCUGGCCACUAUUUUCACAUGCUGGGCAUGGCACAAACUCCCCACACAUCUGGCCAAAGAGCCCGAGCAGAAUGGGCUGGGGCCUGCAAGCCUGCCAAAAUCAGAGCCCACCAUUUUUUACAGAGCCUGCCUGAAAUCACAGUUUCCACAAAAAUCACAAUUUCAGUAGGUCCCUCUUCAUCCUUCCCAUUGAGUGAGUUUGUUUUUCUUUAACCUAUUUUUUCAAUAUACAAGAGUAAGACUUGUUUUGAGCCUUCAUGUAAUCACUUAUAUAUACACUAAAAAAAACAUAAAUCAGGACACAAAAUAUUUUUUGAAAUAAAAUUAAAAUAUUUUACAGUA